GUGGAAUAUCUCAUUGGUUACAGCGCUCAAAACAAAUCGAAAACGUUCAGUUUGCACAUUUUGUACUCAGCUGUUUAGUGUUUUUGUCCACGAUGGCACAGCAGGGAGCGGCGUUACAGAGUUAUAACAACGAGUUAGUGAAAUGUAUUGAGGACCUCUGUGCCAAAAGAGACGAGCUUCACCGACAGAUCCUGACUGAGGAGGAGGAGAAAACUAAGAUCCAGAACGACAUCAGGAUUCUCACUGAGAGACUCGCAAAGGUGAAUGAAAGCUUGAGUAAGAAAAUGGCCACCAGAAAUGAGUUUGACAGGACGAUAGCAGAGACAGAAGCAGCCUACAUGAAGAUCCUGGAGAGUUCUCAGACGCUGCUGAACGUCUUGAAGAGAGAAGCGACGACCCUGAAGGAGCCGACAGCCGCCUCAUCCUCACCUCCUCCUCAGAAGGGCACAAAGAAGGACCAGCCUGCUUAACUACCCCCCCCCCUGCUUACCCCCCACUUAUUUCCUGCUUAGUCCCUCCCCCCUGCUUACCUCCUCCCCCUGCUUACCUCCUCCCCCUGCUAAACCCCCCUCCUAGUUAGCCCCCUAAAUGCUUCAUGUUAACAUUAUGCUGGUUAUGCAGAGUAACAUGGACUCCAUCAGACUAGUAACGAUUCGUGCUGAAAAAUAGUAAUAUUUAUCCAACAAUGGAAAAAAGAUGUUAGACUUAUAUUAUACAGUACUAGUAGUGAUGAUACAAGUUUUCAUGUGGCCACAGAUUGAUAUAAUGACAUGCUACAGCAUGUUACUGUAUUGUACGUAAUUCUACCCAUGAAUUGUACGUGUAAAAACUGUAAGGCGCUUUGUCAUGUUUUUUCAUGCCAAUAUGUGAACAUUUCCACAGGCACUAGUUAGUAGGUGUUUGUAAAUGGGAUAAUAAAAGGUAUUUUUGAACUGUUCAUAUUUUGUCAUAAAGUUUGCA